AUGUCCUCCUUGUAGCUAUGGAAACUCAUCAGCGGCAGCAUCCACCAGAUUGUCCACCCCAUCGUCUGGACAGCUAAGGCAAAUUUGCAUGUAAAUCAUAGGUUCAAAAUGGCGUUCGGGAGUCAAACGCUUUCCCUGCUGCUUAUUUCCAUGCUGUGCCAUAGUACAACUUUUGCUGUAAUACUCAGAACAACUGAAAACUCUGUAUGGGUAAAUGAAUUUGAGUCGAUUGAGUUGACCUGCUUGAUAGAGUCGAUUUCUACAAACAAUCCCAGAAUCGAAUGGAAGAAAAUUAAAAAUAGUGUUCCCAGCUAUGUGUAUUUUCAAAAUAAAAUUUCAGGUGAUCUGGAACACAGGGCGAUACUGAGAGAGCCAGCAAAUCUUUAUAUACUGAACGCGAGUCGAUCAGAUUCAGCACAGUAUCGCUGUGAGGUUGCAGCAUUCGAUGACCAGAAGCCCUUUGAUGAAAUACUGAUCAGUCUCGCUGUAAGAGUGAAGCCAGUGGUGCCCAGGUGCAAUGUACCAGAGGCAGUUACAGUUGGUUCCACCAUAGAACUGCACUGCAUUGAGAACGAGGGCUUUCCUCAAUCACAGUACCAGUGGUUCCAUAACAAUGAUGAGCUACCAGAGGACCCAAAAACCAGCAUCAAGUUUUACAAUUCAUCUUAUAUCAUGAACACUGAGACUGGGUCACUAAAAUUCCGGUCAGUAAAGAAAGAAGAUGCAGGUGAAUAUCAUUGCCAUGCCAAAAAUGAUGCGGGAACCUCUAAGUGCAGUCCACAGACCAUGGAAGUCUAUGAUCUGGACAUUUUGGGAAUAUUUCUUAAGGUGUUGGGUGGUGUGGCAGCAUUUAUUUUUGUCACUGUGGGACUGUGUCAACUUCAGAAAAAUGGCUACUGUUCCUGUAGGGACCACAGGGAAACCAAUUACAAAGUACCCCAACACGACAAUAGACUAGACUACGCCAGUCCAGAUGAGGGACAUUUCCGGCACAAGUCGUCCUUUGUCAUAUAAGGUGAAAGAUAACAAGAAGGGUCGUUCAGCCGUGUAAAGGUCUUGUGGGAUUUGCAAGCUGUCCAGUUGCAUUUUAUACAAAGGUGCAGAGCUUCUAAGCUUGCCAAAGUUAUUACAAAAACUGAAAACUACUGUGUUACACUGGGGCAUUUUACUUCCCUUUAUUUUGAUCUUGAACAGACAGAAAUCAAAACUAUUCGAUACAGAUUAUAUAUAAAAAUGACAUUGUUCAUGAAGUGAACGAAGGUCAGAUAUGUAGAUACUACAUGCAUCUUGUCAGGUAGAAAACGACAGAUCACAGGACAGGAGUUAAAACAGAUCAUUUUAAGUCUGUCCAAAUUUUGAAUGUCACUAAAAGACUGCAACCUAAUCCAUUUUCAGAAGUUUAUAGUUACUGUUCCUAGACCUAAAUCAUAUUCAGGUGCUGCUGUAUUUCCCACUUAGAAGUUAUAGACGUCAAGGUAAAUAGUACUAUAUUUUACACUGGAUGAACUUUGACGGUGAAAAACCCUGUCCAAGUCAGUGUAGAUGUGUAUAAUGCCAUGCCAAGACUGUUUAAACUGGUCACUUUUGACAAGAGUAUUUUAUGUGUAGUAGUUUUUAUGGGGCACAAAUAAUCAUUUUAUUAUAACAAUCAUUUAGUCUCUGAACUAAUAUAUAUGCUUUAAUGUAUAUUACUGGUUAAAGCAAUAGUUCACACCAAAAUGUAAAAUUUUGUCAUCAUUUAUUCACCCUCGACUUGUUUCAAACCUGCAUAAAUUUCUUUGUUGUGCUUUACACAAAUAUAUCUUUUUUAAGUGACAUAUAUAAAGUAACAUAAUAUGGGAUAAUAUAGAAGUUAAUUGUGCACCAUAUCUGUUUGGUCUGGAACAUUUUGAGAGUGAGUAAAUGAUAACUUUUUAUUUUUGGGUGGACUAUCUUCAAAAUAAAGUUAUUGACUAAUUAGAAACUAAUGAAGUGCUUAAAUAUUACUGUACUCACAAAACCUAAGGAGGAGUGCUGUAAGUGUUAUUUUCAUCCAAAAAGUAUACAUUUAAACGGUUUUAGCAAUGCAAAAAAUUCAUAAAAACAACUUUGAUGUCUUGACAAAGCCUAAUUGGAAAGUUUUUAAGGGUUUGAAGGUUUUAGACAGUCAAAAUCCAAUUCAGCUUCCUGUGGGUGUGGCCAAUUCAACUCAAAUUUACACCCCUAAAUUGAAUGGGAGGCAUUUCUGCACGACCCUGAUGUAUUAUUUCAGACACUAGUUCUUGAUUAUUUGUUUCCCUUUAGUAAACAUUUACCAUUUCUUUAACCACCAAUCCAUUAAUUAUAAAUUUAUAGCAUUUUAGUUUGAGAUUUAAUCAAACAUCUUUGUAAAGUCGGUGGACUUUGUUGUUUAAGGUGAUUUAUUUACUUAGUUUCAUUUUUGAAAUAAUCCUCUGGAUACAGAUUAUGCACUUGUAGUUUUUCAGAGUGCUGUUUCUGUGUUUAAGUGACCUUCAAUGCUUUAUAAUUGUUUUAUACGUUUUGGACAUAUUGCCCAGGUUUUUGACUCUGUGUCAUUGUUUAAGUCUGUUUAUAAUACAGUAUAUGCAUACAUAGUAGUUCACUCAAGAGUAGUAGACUGUGGGUUGUGUCAAAAAAAUAAAAAUGGUCAUGUGGAAGCAAUUAACAUUGUCUUUUAGUUUGUUUUCCCAUUAAGAUUAUAUUGUAAAACAUAUGUGUGUAACAUGUAUAUGUGUAUGUAACACUACGUAUGUAAUUUCUAUUUCUGUUUAUUUCAAAAGUCUUUCGGUGCUAGCAUAAAGUUUGGUAAUACGAACAAGACAAAUCCAAUCUCAAUAUUUUCUUAAACUUUGUGCAUAAUUAAUGCACUAUGAUGACAAUAUACAUAAGUCUUCCUCGUGGCAUGUCCCACUAUCUAAUAAACAGUUUUAUGGUAACAAUAUAUCAUAAAAAAGCUUGUGUUUUGCCACUGUACUUUAUGAUACAGCUGAAAUGUAUGGAAUUUUUUAUAUUGAAAUAAUCUGCCUAAUGGACUAUGCUAGGCAAGGAUUGUGGCAAGAAUAUUUAAUGGGGCGUAACAUAUGUUAUUAGACUUACAUUGAACAUACAUCUUACUAUAUUAUUCAAGUUUGAUGAUAGACCAUUUAAUUGUAGAUUUUAAUUUAAAGUACAGAAUUAAGUUACUUGUGUUGACUUAAUUAAAACCACACUGUUUCCAAACAAUUCUGCAUUUGACACAAUACCAACUAAUAAUUUAACAAUACUAUAUGAUGGCAUAACUGACAUUCCAGCAAUUGUUAGAUGUUGAAUGUAUUUGCAAAAUGUUCAGUUAUGUUAUUAUUGCAGUUUGUCAUAUGCUGUUGUCCAUUUAUUUUAUUGUACUGUCUGUAAUCUGUGUUGUGUGAAGUGAAAAAGUAUUAUAGGUAAAAUGCCAUCUGAAUAGCAUUACCACAGGGAUGUUUAAUUCUGAUGUUUAUCGUUACACUAUUGUAUUAUAAACUUAGAUGAUAAUAUUUCUCAGGUACCAUUAAAAGGAAUUGACCAUUUAUGUAUACAGUUCAUGUGGUCAUGUAAUCAGUUUCCUAUCUAUCAAUAAAGAAGUUCUUAUUUUAACG